GCCCAAAUGGUCAAGCCGACCGCCACGUCGGCCACACUGGAACUGGACAAGCUGAUGGCUUCACUGUCUGACUUCAGGGUCCAGAGCAACCCCUCUCUCUCUCUCCCCCUGCCUUCCCUCCCCCUCUCCCUCUCUCCAUCCCUCUCUAUUCCCAUCCCAGGAUCCAUCUCUCCUUUCUCCCCUCUCCGCCCCCCUCUCUCCCUCCCCUCUCUCUCCCUCUCGCUCUCUGAGGCAGGGGGAGGGGGGGCGGCUGUUUGGGGGGGUCCUGUCUGUCGCCCCGCUGCUAUCCGCCCCCCCCAGAGCCCCGACAGUGACCCGGGUCGUCCCCUGCUGUUUGCAGUGGGGCAGUGCAGCCCAGCGGAGGGAUCCGGGGCUUUCAGAAAGAUUGUCACGGUGUUGAGCAGUGGCCCCCCUCGAGGGGGAGAGGGGGGGGGCGAGGGGGGCGGGGGGAGGUGGAUCGGACCCCUGCUCCUUCAGAAGAGCGACAGUCAGGAUCGCCUGAUCAGCGAGCUGCAAGGCAGGCUGGGAAUCCCCGCCCCCCACCCCACCCGCAGCAGGGAGGCGGCAGGGGAUUGGCUGACCUGGGGGGAGGUGGUCUCCUCUCAGCCAAUCAGGAGCAGGGAGCAGUGUGACCCCGGCCUCUUGCCCCCCCGGCAGGAGUCUAGAGUGGUUUGGGACCCCCUGGAGCAGCAGAUACAGGCGCCCCAAAACCUGAAUACCACCCCGACCCAUCCCUCCUCCUACCGUUCUCCCUCUCCCUCUCCUUCUCUCUCUCCUUCCCCUUCACCCUCUCACUAUCCCUCCCUCUCUCCUGCCCGACUGGGACUGUCAUUCUCAUCUCACAAAACCACACCCACUAGCUCCAAACCACACCCACAGGCUCCUCCCACAUUCACACAGGCACCGCCCACAUCCACACAAAACCACCUCUCACUCACACAGGCUCCUCCCACAUUCACACAGGCACCGCCCACAUCCACACAAAACCACCUCUCACUCACACAGGCUCCUCCCACAUUCACACAGGCACCGCCCACAUCCACACAAAACCACCGCUCACUCUCACAGGCUCCUCCCACAUUCACACAGGCACCGCCCACAUUCACACAAGCCCCUCCUUCAUUUAGAGAAGCCCCACCCAUGUCAUUCCAGCCCACUCCCCCUUACACAGAACACAUUCACAUACUAAAACCUCCCACUCACACAGAGACCCCUCCUUCUCCCCUGAGGCAAGCCCCGCCCCCUGCCCUCUCGUUCUCUGAUGUCGGCUGUCAGGCUGACCUCUGUGAUGCACCCUGGGAUUGGCAAUACAAGCCUCCACCCCCUGUCGCUCAGCCGGUGGUGACCUCAUCGCGUCCCGCGGCCCCGCCCCCUCAGACCAGCGGCUCAUUGGACAGCAUGCUGGGGCUCCUCCAAUCAGAUCUCUCACGGCAGGGCAUCGCCACCACGGCCAAGGGGACCUGCGCAGCGUGCCAGAAACCCAUCGUGAGCCAGGUGGUCACCGCUCUGGGACAGACUUGGCAUCAGGAGCACUUUGUUUGCUCUCACUGUCAGAAGGAGAUCGGUGGCAGCAAUUUCUUUGAGAAGGACGGGCUGCCAUUCUGUGAGAGCGAUUACUUCAGCCUCUUCUCUCCUCGCUGCGGACUCUGCAGCCAGCCCAUCCUGGACAAAAUGGUGACGGCGCUGGACAAGAACUGGCACCCGGAACACUUCUGCUGUGUGAAGUGCGGACGCCCCUUCGGGGAGGAGGGGUUUCACGAGCGGGACGGCAGGCAGUAUUGUCAGCAGGAUUUCUUCUCCAUGUUCGCCUCUCGCUGUCACGGCUGCUCCAAACCCAUCCAGGAGAAUUACAUCUCCGCUCUGAACGUGCUGUGGCACCCAGAGUGCUUCGUGUGCAGGGAGUGCUACACCCCCUUCGUGAACGGCAGUUUCUUUGAGCACGAGGGGCAGCCCCUGUGCGAGACGCACUAUCACCGAAGCCGCGGGUCGCUGUGCUCCUCGUGCGAGCGUCCCAUCACCGGCCGCUGCAUCACCGCCAUGGGGGCCAAGUUCCACCCGGAGCACUUCGUCUGCGCCUUCUGUCUGAAACAGCUCAACAAGGGCACCUUCAAGGAACAGGGAGAGAAGCCCUACUGCCACCCCUGCUUCAUCAAGCUCUUCGGAUAGGGAGAGAAGGAGAGAAGAGAGGGAGAGAGGGGGGAGAGGGGCAGAGGAGAGGAGACAAGCCCUACUGCCACCCCUGCUUUAUUAAACAGUUCAGAGAGAGAGA